GGCUCGAUCUCCACCAAAUUUCAACAACGAGUUAUAAGAAGUAGCAGGACAGCUUCUCUUCGAUGUUCUUGAUCAAGCUAUACUACGCCUACUUCGUGCCCUUCGGAAUUCACACUCAUUUAGAAUAACUGACGCUCGUUCUCAUAAAUCAUAAUAAUGCAGUUUCGUCCUUUCGCCUUAUUAGGCUUAUGUUCCUUCGUGGCAGCAGCAUGCUCUCAGAAUUGCACCUGGGACACGAUCACUCCUUCGCAGUCUCUCAUAUGGUGUCCUUGCUACGAUGGAUUCUUUUGCGCGAAACUUGAUGUACCUCUAGACUAUCAGAAUCCUGGUCUUGGUCGGGCCUCGAUCCCUCUCAUCAAAUUGCCGGCCAAUUCCAACUCUUCCUCUGGCUCUUAUCAAGGCAUGAUACUCACUAAUCCCGGUGGGCCGGGAAGCUCAGGUGUAGACGAGAUCCAAGGCAACGGAGUCGCGUUUUAUCAGUCCUUGACAGGCGAUAACUGGGAUAUCAUCGGAUUUGACCCUAGAGGCAUAUACCGCAGCGAGCCCAACAUUAACUGCUCAGCCACCGCUGCCACUUCACAAAACACGUUAAACUCCAGGUUCGUCCCCGAAGUGACAGAUGAAUUUUUCUCUAGUUACAUUGAGGCUGGAGUCGAACUUGGUAAGCAGUGCGAGGACGUAGUUGGCGGGGCAAAGGACGCGGGACCCCAUAUGUCAACUACUACGAAUGCUCGGGAUCUCGUCAGUAUCGUAGACGCGUUCGCAAAAACCGCCGAUGGAAAGAGGGCCGAGAAGCCAAGCAACCUUUUGAAUUACUUCGGCUAUAGCUACGGAACGUUCCUUGGACAAGUCUUCGCCUCAAUGUUUCCCGACAGAGUCGGUAAAAUGGUUCUAGAUGGUGUCUUAAGUCUCGAAUUACCGAUGGGAGAGAACUUCACCGAGAUAACCUCGAAUGCAGAUGGAAUUAUCGCCUCGUUCUUCAUCUACUGCUUCGAGAUUGGCCCAUCUCAAUGUUCAUUUUACACCGGCUCUUCUCCGCUCGAUAUAUACAACCGAUUUAACGAGUCUUUCGUUCAAUUGGAUUCCCAAAGAGCGAAAACCGAGAACUGGGCAAACGCAACAGACAUCGAAGCAGCAUUGUUGACACUCAAGACAACCUUCUACUUUUCGGUCGCAUCGCCGAAUGUCAUCUUCGGACCUUUAUCCGACGCUUUAGUUGCGCUUGAGCAAGCCCUUGCAAUCCAGAAUGUUGCGAUAUGGACAGAACAGAUAGCUACACUCAUCGGAGACCCGACCCCGGCUGGCGAUGUGAACGCAGAAUUCAGAUUGGGAACUCUAUGUACUGAUCAGAGUAAUAAAUGGUAUAACAAGACGCUGGAAGAUCUGCGGCCGGCUAUUGAGCACUUCGAGGAAGUGAGCAUCAUCGGCGAGAUCAUUUCGAAGUCAAUGCUGGGCUGUCUCGGAUGGUCGAUCGAAGCUACUGAUGUGUUUUCUGGACCGUUCGGCGGCGACACCGAAACUCCCAUUCUCUUCGUUGGGAACACCUACGAUCCCAUUUCACCAGCCUCGGAGGCAGUAGCGGCAGCACGGAAAUAUAAAGGUGCUCAGGUAGUCACUGUUGACGCUACAGGGCAUACUUCGAGAGUCGUCGGCAAUACUUGCCAGCAAGAAAAGGUGAACGCAUACUUUCGAGGUACUCUUACCGAUGACAGUUCUUCUUGUGCUCUUGAGGCCGGUCCUUUUGGGGUUGUACUCAAUGGAACCCUAGAAGGUAUUAUUGAGCAAGUGGGCUUGUCGCAGUUGGUUCAGUAAAACCUGAAGACUUCAGUUCACGCGUUUCUAGAUCGAUUUCAUUACCUAAUCAUAGGGAUACACGUCUACACCAGAGAUGUCCUUUUGUACGACUUGAGGUUC